AUGCAUCUCUAUUCUGCCACCAACCGUCUUGUUUGUCUACUGCUGGCUGUACUUGCUGGAUUGGCCUUAAUCAGCCCUUUGGUCACUGCACAGGCAUACACUUCAUCUCUUGAUUAUAAAACUUACUUGCUCAGCUUAAAGGAUGGUGUCGGCCAGGAUGGCUUGAACACUGUCGUUGAGUUUGUCCACAGCGUAGCUGGUGUUGUUUUAACUACAUAUGACUCUCUUCCUGGUAUUAUCAAAGUUGAGAUUCCUGUAAGUACAGUCGAUGCUUUGAAAGGACUAGGCCUUGUGGAUGUUGAAGAAGAUGCACCUGUUUAUGCAUUAAAUGGUUAGUCUUUUAAAAACAUCGCAGCAAUCAACUCGAAUUACAGCCAUAUCCACAUAAAAUGGAACAUUUCAUAUAUUUAUCAUGCAGUGAUUUCCUCUAUUUUGCUUCAAAUAAACAAUGGUUAAAUGUCCGUUGCUUUCUUACCAC